CUUGCAGCGGUUCCAUCUCUAUACUGUCAAACGGGUAUUUACAGGGCACUACCUCUCACGGCCUAUGGCUACGGUAUGGACAUGGCAUCUCUGUAAUAAUGGCUUAUUCUGAUGCUGAUUGGGCAGGAUGUCCUGAAAGCUGUCGAUUUACUACCAGCUAUGCCGUCUUUAUUGGCGGUAAUCUAAUUUCAUGGAGAUCCAAGAAACAACCGAUGGUAUCCAAGUCAUCCACAGAGGCUGAGUAUCGUGCGGUUGCAUACACUUUGCAGGACACCCUCUUUGUUAAUUUGUUCCCUCCUCUCGGAUAUAGGCAUCUUCAUCUCUAGACCGGUUCAGCUCUUUUGCGAUAAUGUGUCUACCUCUUACCUUGUAGUUAAUCAUAUUCAUAUCAGCAUGAUCGCAGCAAGCACAUCAAGAUAGAUUAUCAUUUUGUUCGAGAACGAGUGACACUUGGCGAUUUAGUUGUCAGAUAUAUUCCUACUUAGUAUCAGUUAGCACAUAUGUUUACUAAAAAUCUGAGUAGUCAGCGUUUUGAAUUUUUACGUUCC